AAAGACUGCUUUCUUUCAUAUAUGCUUGGCUACUUGUUUGCGUCUCCAUUCGCCAUAGCCAGGGCAAGGGCAAGGGUUUCCUCGUCGUCGUCGCCAGCGCGCGCGCCCGCGCCCUAGGGUUUGGAGAUUGCUCUGGCGCCAGAGGAUUCUUCCAGUCGCGCCCCCACCAGCGGCGCGCCAGCGAUCCAUUCCGCCGCGGCGCCGCCCGAGAGAUCCGCGCCAGCGAUGUCCCACGCAUUCGACCUCGUGAAUUGGGAGUGAGACGUCGAGAGGAGAAUUGAUUGGUGGUAGCUUCAACUGGAUCGAGGGAUGGAACAGCAGCAGCAGCAGUAGCAGUGGUAGCAGAAGCAGCAGCGCUUCCUUCCCUGUGGGAUCGAUGGCACAGGAGAGCUGGAAGUGUGACCAGGACGAGACGGGGUGCCAGCCACCCGAGGGCCCGAUUCUGUGCGCCAACAAUUGCGGCUUCUUUGGCAGCAAGGCGACGAUGAAUCUGUGCUCCAAGUGCUACCGGGACGUGGUUCUGUCACAGGCCAAGGUGUCCACCGCCAAGAACGCGCUAGAGCAGCUACCGCUCCUCAUCAACAACACCAACGCCAACAACAAUUCUUCCGCCGCUACAGCCGCCGCCGCCACCACCGCCGCCACCAUCGCCGCCGCCACCACCGCCACCGCCAACGCUACUGGCAUGGAUCAAGGCGUGGCACUGGACGAGCAGAUCGUUUUACCAGAGGCUGUGACUACUUCUUCCGAGAUGAAUCCCUCGUCCGGUGACGGCGUGGCUGAUGCCUUGGUGACUUCCCCGGAGGCAUCCGGCUCGCGACCGCCGAAUCGCUGCAAUGCUUGCAACAAGAGGGUGGGAUUGACGGGAUUCAAUUGCCGCUGCGGCAACGUCUACUGCGCUCUCCAUCGCUACUCGGACAAGCACAAUUGCACAUACGACUACAAGUCCGUGGGGAGGGACGCGAUUGCAAAGGCGAACCCGGUGGUGAAGGCGGACAAGAUCGACAAGAUCUGAAAGGCGAAGAACACAGGAAUUCGAACAAAGAAAAACAGGGAAAAGGAGAAAGAUCAGUGCUCGGCUUCUACAAGAUCAUCGUCUCAUCAUCACAUUACACACAGGUUUACCCGUCCAAAAGUGGUGGAGUAUUUAUUCAUCGUAGGGUGGUUUCUCCCUUCCUCGUCCCCCUUCUGCUAGGCACAUUUUUAUUUUUCUUUACUUCUUUUUAAAUCUAUUAAUUGGAGUUGUGUGGCUUUUCUCUGCUGUUAAUAACAUUGUUUUAAGGUC